GCGAUGACGUCACUCACACGUAGGGCUCUUUAGACGGGAGAGUUCGCGGCGAUGGCGACGACGGCUCGGUGUUGGAAAGGGACGCAGUGAAGCUGGCCUCGGCUCUGAUUUCCAUGUCUUACUUGUGAGAGUUUCCACACAGGAUCAUCAGGUCUGCUUAUCAUCCAUUAGUGAUUGUUUGUGACAGAUCCAGGCCGGAGUUCCUUGUUGGGUGACCCACACUCCUUGACAGGGGCCAUGGAGGAGGAGGGGCAGCAGAGCUUGGAGUGUAUCCAGGCCAAUCAGAUCUUCCCCAAGAAGUCCCCCGUCCUGGAGGAGGAAAACAUGCAGGUGCCCUUUCCUGAGCUGCACGGGGAGUUCACAGAAUAUGUGGGGAGAGCAGAGGAUGCCAUUAUUGCAAUGUCCAACUACCGCUUACACAUAAAGUUCAAAAAGUCAGUUGUCAAUGUUCCUCUUCAGCUCAUUGAGUGUGUGGAGUGUAGAGAGAUGUUCCAGCUUCAUGUCACCUGUAAGGAUUGUAAAGUCAUCAGAUGUCAGAUCUCCACCUUUGAGCAGUGCCAGGAAUGGUUGAAACGUCUGAACACAGCAGUGAGGCCUCCGUCUCGCUUGGAAGACCUCUUUGCCUUUGCCUUCCAUGCCUGGUGCAUGGAGGUGUACGCAGGAGAGAAAGAGCAGCAUGGCGAGCUGUGCAGACCAGGUACCCUUUUAAUUGCUCGCUUGUCUUCACAGAAACUUACCCAAACCUGUAUUUUGCUCUUAUCGGACAUCUCUGCUGUCACUGUAGGUGAACACGUGACCUCAUGGUUCAAGAAUGAGGUGGAGAGGAUGGGCUUUGACACUCAAAAUGCUUGGAGGAUAUCUGACAUCAACAGCAAGUUCAGGCUUUGCCCCAGCUAUCCUCAGCAACUCCUAGUGCCAGCCUGGAUUACUGACAAAGAGCUAGAAAAUGUGGCAGCCUUCCGCUCCUGGAAGAGGUUUCCUGCUGUAGUUUACAGGCAUACAACUACUGGGGCUGUAAUUGCCCGCUGUGGCCAGCCAGAGGUCAGCUGGUGGGGCUGGAGGAACGCUGAUGAUGAGCACCUGGUUCAGUCCAUUGCUAAGGCCUGUGCCGUGGACAGCAGCUCCCAAAAACAUGUUCCCAACGGUAGCUACACCAAUAGCUCAGACCUGCCUGACACUGAUUUUGAAUCCUCCAUGACCAACAGCUCAGAGGUGGAGACACUGGCCAGCCAACCUCAGAAGUUACUGAUCUUAGAUGCCAGGUCCUAUGCAGCUGCUGUAGCUAACAGGGCCAAAGGUGGAGGCUGUGAAUGCCCAGAAUACUAUCCCAACUGCGAGGUGGUUUUCAUGGGAAUGGCUAACAUCCACUCCAUUCGCAAGAGUUUCCAGUCUCUACGAUUCCUCUGCACUCAGAUGCCUGACCCAGCCAACUGGCUUUCUGCACUUGAGAGCACAAAGUGGUUGCAACACCUGUCCCUGCUACUGAAGGCAGCUCUGCUGGUGGUCAACGCUGUGAACAGAGACCACAGGCCUGUUCUUGUGCACUGCUCUGACGGCUGGGACCGCACACCACAGAUUGUUGCUUUGUCCAAGCUACUGCUGGACCCUUACUACCGCACUAUUGAGGGCUUCCAAGUUUUGGUGGAGACAGAAUGGCUGGACUUUGGCCACAAGUUUGCUGACCGAUGUGGCCAUGGAGAAAAUUCAGAGGACCUGAAUGAGCGCUGCCCUGUUUUCUUGCAGUGGCUGGACUGUGUUCACCAACUGCAGAGGCAGUUUCCAUGCUCAUUUGAGUUCAAUGAAGCCUUCCUGGUGAAACUGGUGCAGCACACCUACUCCUGCCUCUUCGGCACUUUCCUGUGUAACAGCGGCAAGGACAGGGAGGAUCGUCACGUUCAGGAGAGGACCUGCUCGGUCUGGUCACUCCUGAGGCCAGCCAACCGCUCUCUGAGGAACAUGCUCUACUCCUCACACUCCGAAAUUGUUCUCCAUCCAGUGUGUCAUGUACGGAAUUUGAUGCUGUGGACGGCCGUCUAUCUGCCCAGCUCCUCCCCUACCACUCCUUCCGAUGAUUCCUGCGCUCCCUACCCAGUGCCCGGUGCCAACCCGGAAGAUGCACCCCUGGGCAGGCGAACAAAGACGCGCUCCUUUGACAACUUGCCUAGUGCGUGUGAGCUGGGAAGCUCACUGGCUCCCAACCGUCGCUCCAGUGACCCAAGCCUGAAUGAGAAGUGGCAGGACCACCGGCGGUCUCUGGAGCUCAAUGUGGCAGUGGGGCCUGAAGGAGGGGAGAACCAGGAUGAGGUGCAGCCAUAUCAUGACAGACUGGACUCUGAGAUGGAUCACAGCAAGCAGCAAUCCCAGGGCUCAAAUACUGAACGUAGAGAAGAGUCCUCUGUGAACCCAGCAGGAGAUAAAGCGGAGGAGGCAGAGCUCUCUGUGGCAGUGGGUGUGGCUGAGGGACAAAUGGUGAACAUCCUUCAGGAAGCCACAAAGGAGGAGGCAGGAUGCGACAUGCCAAGAGAGGACCAUGCUGAUGCUGCUCAGGUUUUUAAUGCUGUAGACCAGGAGGUGGAUGGACAUGUAGAGCAGCAUCAGAUGGUGGAUGUCAGUGAGACUGUCAUGAAGAGAGACAUGUUCGCUAAUGGUCAGCUCCCAGAAAAUGGUGAGAUGAAGGCUCAGGAGAACGGUGACUCUUUUUCUGCGCCCACACAGAAGGAAGAGGAACAGGAUCAACAGGAAGCCAAUGAGUCUCAGAGAACUGAGGACUUGGUGACGGAGAAUGUAGAGGAAUCUUCUGUACAAGAAGAACUUGCACAUGUACCGAAGGAGUGUAGCACAGGUGAGCCAGAAGAGCCUGCAGCUCAUAGAACUAGAAGUAGCGACUUAAUGUACAGGUCACCUGAAAAACUAGGCUUAGAUGAGAGAAGUUGCCCUGACUCUGAAUCUGACCACAGUGUCCCUGAGUCAGUGGAGUUGGUAGAUAAAAGGGCCUCCUUGAUGGAAAGCUCCACAGAGACUUUAACUGAAGAGGCCUGUGGCAGGGUGGAGCUCCCUGUGCAGCCACCUGUUGGUUUAAACCAUCACCUCAUGAGUGAUGGCAGGAGCCCAGUUCCCUGUUCCAAGAAAGAGAAGGGGCUGGAGACCAGUGAGCAUGGCUUGAUCAGAACUUUAAGCGAGGGCAGCAAGCGGCCCUCUGUCAGUGCCUUUCAGUCAGUUCGUGCUGACCUUAGCAGGGAUGGACUUUGUAAUGGGGACAACUCCGAAGGGGAGCCAUGUGGAGCACCUUACUGGGCCAAAGGGAAUGUGGAGAGGGCCCCUUUGAGCCGUCAGGUAUCCGUAGCAAGCUGCAACUCUCUGAUCUUCCACCCACGAGGCAGCUGCUCUCAGCACCGCUGGUGUCACGCCUUGCUAGGCCGGGUCACCAUGAGCCCUGAGCAGCCAACUCGCAGCCAUCUGGAUGACGAUGGGCUGACGCUGCACAAUGAUGCUAUCCAGCAAAGACUGAGGCAGAUUGAAGCGGGGCACCAGAUGGAGGUGGAGACGCUGAAGAAGCAAGUCCAGGAGCUCUGGAGCCGCCUGGAGAGUCAACAGCACAUUAGCUCCCACCGGAUCAACGGAGACAUUGGAGAUGAAGUGACCUCAAUGACGGACUCUGAGUACAACUUGGACCCAAACUGUUUGUCGCGCUGCAGCACAGAGCUCUUCUCUGAGGCCAGCUGGGAGCAGGUGGACAAGCAGGACACUGAGGUCACCCGCUGGUACCCUGAUCAUUUGGCAGCCCAGUGUUAUGGCUGUGAAAGCAGGUUCUGGCUUGCUACCAGGAAACAUCACUGCAGUGGCAGGGAGCCUGUUCAGGAGGUCUGGAACUGCGGUAACGUGUUCUGCGCCAGCUGUUGCGACCAGAGGAUCCCAGUGCCAAGCCAGCAGCUGUUUGAGCCCAGUCGCGUCUGUAAGACCUGCUACAGCAAUCUCCAGCAUGGCUCAGCUACCCUGGAGCUGGAGAAGCCCAUUACAGCCAGCUCCAACUGAGGUCCAGAGGACCAGGACAGACAGGGGUCGGGCUGAGCUGCAAGUCGCUGAUGCGGAAGCACUGCUGAAGAGCACAGGAGCUAAAGAAUGUCCCACCAACUUUGA